CUUCAGCAGCUCUUUGUUUGCAGACCCUGCUUUUUCCCCCCAUCUCAGACACAAUCACAGGCCCCCUUCAGCAUCUCCGAGAGUCAUGAAAUGAGUCCUUUUCCUUUACGACAUGAAUCUCUACACAUGCAAGUGGCCAGCUCUGUAUUUAUGAGGACCCUAAAGCAGUUUAACGCUCUGGAAGGCUUCAGGUUUGACUUUAUGAAACGAGAAACACACAAAGGGCUGUUUUAAAGCCCUAGCAGAGCUACAACAAAGAGGUACCGCCCACUGCUGCAAGCCACGCCCACUCCGGGUCCUUUAAGGAGAAGCUGUGUUCAGCAGCUGAGACCAAGGAGGGCUUUGAGUUCAAACAAACCGAGCUGUAGAAGGAAGGCUGUCUGUUUUUGUCCACGGGAUGAAAAUCACAUGUCAGAAAUGUGCAGUGUAAACGGUUUUAUAUAUAAAAAUAAAUAAAUAAAAUUCGAAUAUAUUAAAAAAACAUGUUUUUGGAAAAUAAAACCAUAUUUGGAGACAAUCAAGCGAAUAGGCUGUAACUCGUCGUGAGUGUUUUGGUAGUUGUCAAUCCUUUGUCAUAGAAGCGGUGUUUGUGAAUCGACGUGAUGAUAUACGAGUUAAAUCAUUCAUUUAAUUGCUCGUCAUUCCGCCUUUAUUAAACGUGUCGUUAAAUGCUGUGUUUUGAAUGUUACCACAUAAUGUUUUGUUUCCAUACUUCUUGUUUUGGCGUCACAGAGCGCCAGACGCGUGCGGAGUAGCUCUGUGCUGCGCGCGCUCGCCGCUCCGACCUUUCCCCCAGUUCAUGAGCGCCGGGUUCACCGGGUUUACACUGACACCGCUGACUCCUGCGUUACGCCCCCCAACAGCCACGCACCCUCUCUCCACCAAUCAGCUCCCGAUCACGACCUGCUCACGCGCUGUCUCCGCGUCUAUUGGCCCAAUUCUGCUACACCUUUGUUUUUUGAUUGGUAACAUGUUACCACCAGCCAGACUGUUCUGAAUUUUGUUUCUGCUUUUUUUUCCCUCCUUCCUCUGUUCCUGAUUCACUCAGCUGAGGUUGGACCUUGCAGUAAAAAGUGGUUACACUUCAGAUCCCGGGUUCUGCUGGACGCCUGUGUUUCCUCGCGCUGCUGUGUACAGGGGGUUCUGCUCCGCAUGCCGACCUUUGCUUCAGACCAGAGCAACUACGUGGGAAUCUGUGAAGUGAUGAUGGAGAGGAACAGGUACAGUGAUGGGAAGCCCUGCUCCUCCACUCUGGAGUAUCAUGACCUUGAGGCAGCUGAGGCUCUGGUGUGCAUGAGCUCUUGGGUUCAGAGGUCACACAAAGCCCGCCCGCUUACGCCAACCUCAGACUCCUGUGACUCACUUAGUCUACACCCUGAAACCCUGGAGUCCCCCAAAGACCUAGUGUCCCUCUCUUCACUAUGCAUGACCCCGCCACACAGCCCCAGCUUUGCUGAGACCUCAACCACGUCUGCUAUCAUCAGCACCAUGCCUCCUCUGGGCUGCUUGGGCCUUAAACCAAGUGUCUCAUUGCCCAGAAUGUGCUCCGUCUUGACCAACAAGGCGGAAACCCCCUGCGGCCUGCAGGCUGGCAUCACCACAUUCCUACCAAACUCCAUUCCACCUCAGCCCUCUGAGACUGGCACACAAUGCAGGGCCACCAGUGUGAUACGACACACUGCAGACACUUCUCUGGAUCAUCUCGUUAGCGCAGGACAGGAGUGUCCUGGUUCAUCAGAGAGCCCUGCCCAACAGACUGAGCUCAUCUCUGAUUCUACAGCCCAGAUCAACAUCCUGACUGAAACACAGACAUACGUUAGUGCUACAAAUUCUACUGCAGAAGUGGAGAGCACUGCCCCCUCGGCCAACUCUACAAGCCCCUCCACUCCUGCAUCACAAGCCUCUUCAUCCAUGCCUCAGUCUCCCAUGACCAGUCCAGUUCUGUGCCAGGUAUUUCCUGUGAAUGGGCAGACUGGAAUCAUUUCUGCCUUCGUUCAGACCCACGUUCAAAUGCAGAGCACUGGGCCAAAGCCCAUCCUUUCCCAGUCCACCUCUUUCUCACAGCCUCUUCUAAUGGGUCCUUCAAUGGCUCAGGGUACAGUCAUGCUUGUCGUCCCUCAGUCCUCAGUGUCUCCAGCUCCGCCUUGCCAACAAAAUGUUGUGACCGUUGGCAACACAAAACUCCUCCCCCUGGCCCCUGCACCAGUCUACAUACCCUCAAACCAGAGCGGGGCCUCCACACACACCGACUUCUCUCGCAGGCGCAACUAUGUUUGCAGUUUCCCAGGAUGUAAGAAGACAUACUUCAAGAGUUCUCACCUCAAAGCUCAUCUGAGAACCCACACAGGUGAAAAACCAUUCAGUUGCCAUUGGGAUGGCUGUGACAAAAAAUUUGCACGUUCCGAUGAACUGUCCCGACACCGCCGCACUCACACCGGUGAGAAGAAAUUCGCAUGCCCUGUGUGCGACCGACGUUUUAUGCGAAGUGACCACUUGACCAAGCACACUCGCCGUCACAUGACCGCCAAGCGUUCCGCGACAUGGACCGCCGAUGUGCGUGAGCUGAACAAAACGGCCUCUACCCAGCGUCCGUCAUCACAGUCUUCUGUCUCCCUCAGUGUCCUCGUACCUGCCUCAAACUAGGCCUAAACUCUAGACUAGCCUAGACUCUUUCACCUCAGGACAAUCUCCCUCCCACUGACCAUUGUACAGGGGAAACAUGAAAACCAAGGCUGCUACAUAUCCAUGUACAAAACAGACCGUUGCACUGGAUUUCUUUUCUUACCAUUUGUUGUUGUUUAUAAGGACCUUUUUCUCCCUUCUUUUUUUAAAUGUCAUGUCUCCCAAAACGUAUGCACUUCAUUUGCCAAAGUCUUUGUUGGUUCAUGUUACAUUAUUCUAUGCCAUUGUAUAUACUUGUACAUAGAUGUAACUAUCUAUAUGAAUGUAAUGUGUAUUCAAACGUGCAUUUAUUGGCAAUAUACGAAUAAAUGUUAAGUUUCUGUCAAAUGAACAGUAUUCUUACCCGUGAUACUACCUAUUAUCUUACUUUGAAUAUUAUUUAAUGACCAUUUGAAGAAUCAAAUAAACCUUCAUGUUUAUGUAGUA